GGAGCGCAGCGCGGGAGGCCAGCGGGCGGCCGACCCCCAGCAUCCUCGGGAGUGGCCAUGGACUCCCUGGCCGAGCCUCGGUGGCCGCCGGGCCUGGCAGUCAUGAAGACAGUAGAUGACUUGCUGCGAUGUGGAAUUUGCUUUGAAUAUUUCAACAUUGCAAUGAUGAUUCCCCAGUGCUCACAUAACUAUUGUUCUCUAUGUAUAAGAAAAUUUCUGUCGUAUAAAACUCAGUGUCCAACUUGUUGUGUGACUGUCACAGAGCCAGACCUGAAAAACAACCGUGUGCUAGAUGAACUGGUAAAAAGCUUGCAUUUUGCACGGAGUCGUCUGUUGCAGUCUGCCUUGGAGUCGCCUCCCAUUUCUCCCGUGUCCUCCUCUGCGAAGAAGCUCACCAUCAGAGCCCUCACUCCUGCUGCCGCCAGACAGUCUUCAAAGCAUGGGCGCAGACUGAUAGACAAUUUCUUGAUCAAGGAAGUUGCAAGUUCCACAUCAGAGUUGUUGAUAAACGAAAAGGAAAGCAAAUUGAGCCCCCAGACAGAGGCGGGCCCUUCUGCAGAGCCCAAGGAGACGUGUUUCCCAGCAAAGGUGACUCCUGGCUCCGUGGAGGCCAGCGGUCCCGAGACCCCCUCUACAUCCACUUUGAAACAGGUUGCUAAAGUGGAUUGUCCUGUUUGUGGGGUUAACAUUCCAGAGAGUCAUAUUAACAAGCACCUGGACAGCUGUUUGUCCCGUGAAGAGAAGAAGGAAAGCCUCAGAAGUUCUGUUCACAAAAGGAAGCCACUGCCUAAAACUGUGUACAACCUGCUCUCCGAUCGUGAUUUGAAGAAGAAGCUGAAACAGCAUGGAUUGUCUACUCAAGGAAGCAAACAACAGCUUAUUAAAAGACACCAAGAGUUUGUACACAUGUACAAUGCCCAGUGUGAUGCUUUGCACCCUAAAUCAGCUGCUGAAAUAGUUCAAGAACUUGAAAAUGUGGAGAAGACCAGGAUGCGUUUUGAAGCUAGUAAACUCAACGAAAGUGUAAUGGUUUUUACAAAGGACCAGACGCAAGAGGAAAUAGAUGAAAUUCACAGUAAAUAUCGUAAGAAACAUCACAAUGAAUUUCAGCUUCUGGUGGAUCAGGCCAAAAAAGGAUACAAGAAAGCUGCUGGAAUGGCAAAAAACCAAGAGAGCAGAAGAGAAGAGGAGGCUACAGGAAUUCCAUUGUCUGUGUGCAUGGACGGGGAAAACGAUGGAAUGAAGUUCUCAGCGACGACCUCGGUAACAAACCACCUCACUCACGCAAAGCUGGGCUCCCCAGGGAGGCUGGCGCCCGCGAGACCAGCUGGUUCUUCUCGUUAUUCUGAUGUUCAGGAAGCGACUGUCCUUUCGUCAGAAUCUGGGUCCUGCAAUAGUUCCAGCUCAGACAUCAUCAGAGACCUGCUGGAGGAAGAGGAAGCCUGGGAGGCGGCGCACAGAAACGAUCCUCAGGACGUGGACAUCAGCCCCAGACAGAGUCGCCGCGCAAGAGCAGCCAGCAGCGCAGAGGUCGAGCCGAGAAAUAAGCGCAACAGGAAUUAGGCCUCCCUCCCGGCCUCGCUGGCGCUGGUGCCGUAGCAGGUCCCGUGUCUAUAAAAGCCCGAGGGGAGAUGUUGUUCUGAAUACUGCAGGUGACUGAUGUGCAUUCUUUUCUGCUUCUCUGGAAAACUGGCUACAAAAGCCACAAACCGGCUGCACAGGGCCAGGCGCCUGCUGCCCCGACGCCUCGCCUGCACUCACUGGCAGCCCUGGCCCGGCCGCCGUGCAGGGCCGGCACCGUGCUGGGGGCUGGGUUUGGUUUCCAGUUCUGAGGAUGUUCUUACGCCACUCUGCCCUCUUUGACAGAUGCGGUCGGGGAGAGGGGAGCGCCCGUGGGGGUCGGGCAGGAGGUGCUCGUUCCCGCCGCUGGCCACGCCGCCGGUCAGCCUGCCCGUCACAGCCCUUGCGGGACGGCCGUUGCCCGAGUUGGAUGUCGCCGUUAGGCACUUGUCUUCAGCAUUGCUCAGAGUAGGAACUUACUGUCACAGUUUAAGUCCCAGUAGUGGUAAAGUCACAAUAACUUUGAAAUGCUGGGUCUGUCCUCUGGCACUUAAUGGCUGCUGUCGGUACCUUCCCCCUGGGCUCAGUCGAGUCCUUCAGACCCCGGGUAUUGACUACCAGCUACUAAAUGAGAGCGUACAAUAAAUGGAAUUCGUAAGUGCACGGUCUCCUAUCAGUGUGAAGUAAUGUGCCUGGCAGCAGACGUAGACCCAGGGGACAAGAUGCCCGCAUCGCAGCGCCAGAGCUCGGUCCCUGGUGGGGCCUGACUCCAGCCGCCCGGGGAGGCGGCAGUCAUGGCUCAACUGACUCCCUGCCACGCACGCGCGAGACCUGGACCGCGUGCCCUGGUCCUGGCUGGGGGCUGUUGCAGGUACGUGGAGGAGCUCUUUCUGUUUCUGUGCUCCAUACAUACACACAUACACGCACGCACACAUACCUAACAUUGAGGACAGAGUCCUUCAAACAGUGUCCUGUGAGUGGCCACGUCCACGCUACAGACGGCUGGCACAGGUCAGUCAUGUGUGUGUCUGGCGUUUCGGAGCCCGUGUCCCCUCGCGCCUGCACAGCCCUGACACGUGAGCUUAGCUGCCGGCAGCUGGGGCGGUGCUCGCACAGCGUGAGCACAGCAGAUCCGGGCUUCCGGGGCAGCCUUCAGCCUUCCCUCUCAGGGACGUCUCCGCCGGCACUGGCUUUCCGGUACGUGGGGUUUCUGGUCAUGUGUGCAGUCUCGGUGCCGCUGAAGGUCAGCGUUUUCCUUCUGUUUUCUUUACGGGUCUCCCGAUGUGGGAAAUAGGCCCACCAGAGACCACCUCCCCGCCCAAGGCGGCCUCUGAGGCAAGAAGUCCGUGAGAAGCGAGGCCUUGUUAGCAGCCACGUGAGGUAGGUGCCCCCUUCCCCAUCCCUGGGGUAGUCAGGGGUUCCAUCUUCCUGCGUGAGCCUAGGACAGGCGAUGGGAGACAGCGUGUCACAGGAAGUAGGGAGAGGCAGGGUUGGUGAAAGCGUGAUGUUCCUCCCCUUCCCUUCCUGCGUGUGGGAAGCCGGGCUCUAUGCAGGACGCAGGGGCCUGGGCCCGCCCCCUCCCCUCUGGUUUGCCCGCUGAGGAAUGAGCCAGGAGGGAAGGGUUGAGCUCAUGCAAAGAUCCUACAGCUGCUCAUCCAGGACCGUGCUGGGGGUGCGAAUCCUGCCACCUCGUCUUCCCACCGUGCAGGUGACCGCGACCGCGACAGCUCGGCCCUCCCCAGCUGCCAGGUGGGUGUAGGAGAGUUCGUCUUCAUCAUGUCACCCGCUAGACUCCUGAGCUGUGCCCUAAGGAGACGCUCCUGGAGUCUGAGCUGCCGGGCAGAUCUGACCUGAGGCCCCUGGCGAGGCCAGACAGAACAGAGUGAACAGUAUGCGACAUUCUUAUCGCCACUCUGCCCGAAGUCACGCCAAACUGAAGACUGCUUGUGACAUUCAGCUUGUGCAGCCCGUGAUCAAUCAAACCGGAAGUCGUCAGCGUUCGCUGCAGCACAGAGAGCUGGAGGAGGCCCAGCACUGGGACCCAAGCGCAUGACUUCAUUCAGUAAAUAUUUUAUUGUCUACUUAAUUAUCUGCCGGUCACUGGCCUGGACGCGCACAGGUGACCCAAGGGCACCUAAAGGUGGCUCUUGGAGGCAGGCAGGAAGAUGUUGCCUCUUGGGGCCCUGUGCUAGGGUGUGGCUGUCAUAAGUGGGGGUGGGGGCGCGGCGCUGCCACCAGGCCAGGAUGCCGAUAAACACCCCCCACCCCCACCCCCCGUCCUAGUUUGCAGACAGCGGAAGUUCCCUUUGUCCGAGUUCCGGGGCCGGAAGCCCGAGGCCUCUCUCCCUCCCCACUGCGUCUUUCCAAAGAGGACUCUGCAUUGCGUCCGUGCCCUGGCCGCGCCGUCUCGGACCAGCCCUGCUGCUCAGCCUCGGCCGUCUGAGCUCCUUUUGCUCUCAGUACCUCUGCAAACCCUGCCCCCAAACGCAGCCACAUCCUGAGACACAGGGCGCUGGCUCCCACCAUGCCUUCUUUUAAAGGGCAAGAGACAAUUUAGCCUCUGAACACCGUAAAGAAUCGUCCAGUCUGAAAUGGCAGUGCUCCUGGGACUGCGGCCUGGGGGCCUUGAGCCUUGGUCUGAGCCUCCACUUGACACACGCCGAAGGAAAGGGCCUUCAUCUCCUUCAGGUACACUGACCCAGAACCGAGCUGAACCUGUUGAACUUUGGAUUCUGAAAUUCCCCUGUCGCUGGCCGUAUAAUCCUCCCUUGGCUCGUGGCUGUUCCUGCCUGUUCUCCCCACGCCUCCACCCCUUCCCCACCCCUCAGGGCAGUCAGCUCACUCCUGUGGCUGUGGCGGGCGGGGGUGCCCGUGAGCCCUGUGUGGCGUGGGAAAGGGGCCCCUCUACUCUCGUCUCUGCCCCCUUGUUCUUUGCACCCCGCUUUGAGAACCACUGGUGCAGGUGAGACGCUGGGAGCCACGUGGGGCAGAUCACCCAGGGAAGACUUGCGUGGCCUCAGCCCUGCAGGAUGGAGAGUGAAGUCCAGGAGGGGUCAGCGCACUGACACCGUCCCAGUGGUCUCCACGCUGCCCCAGAGCCUGGGAGAAGGCAGAGAGCUGGACCGCACCCGCUCGGCGUCCGCCCGCGGGAAGGGGCGGCUCGGUUGCUUCCUUCGGCUUUUGCCGUGCGGACGACACGCACAGGCGGUGUUAGCACCCACGUUGCUGUCUUCGCCUCCUACACUUAGACCUCAUGGGUUACCCCAGGUGCUGCCAGCUCUCAGUGGGCCUCAGGCCGUUCUGUGCCUGGAUGCUUUGCUGUGCUCCUCACGGCCUCCCCCAACCCCUCCCUGUCCUGUGGCCCCGGCCAACCCUGCCCGGGAUGCCGACCCUGCUGCAGCCCCGCCUCCCUCUGCACGUCCAUCUCUGGUCCUUGUGAGUUCCACGCGGGAACGGGAGGGAGGUUGGUAGUGUGGAGUCACCUGGACCCCAGGCUUCCUCGCGCCUCUUCUCUCUUCCUGUCUCCUCUCCCCAUUUCUCCCUCCCUGCCUCCCCUUCCUUCCUCAGCCGUUACUGUAGCAGGAUUCGUGUGCAGAGACAAGAGACAAAUAGUCUAUUAUUUAUGCCGGCAUAAGGCCCAGGUGGGAUUUGUUGUCCAAAAGCCGGAGCCCAGAACGGAGGGGUGUUUCCUUGUCUGUGGUCUUAGCCUCCUUGUCUGCCUUACGUGGGUACAUGCACUUCCUGAUGGGCUAUUCUGAUGUUCAUGGCGGCCACAGGGACUGCUACAGCACCGCACCUGUGUACAUGGUUCCUGAUGUCUGCUCCACCAUGCUCGGCCUCACCUGUCCUGCCACGGCUGCCGUCACUGAUGCUCUGUCCUAGGAGGCGGGACCUGCAGCGGUUACAUUGUGAGCAGACCGGCUGUGCCUGCAGCAUCCCUAGGCGGGCAGAGGGCAGCCAAGUUCAUUCCCAGGAGAGAGGCCGCCCUUCUCCUGACCUCUGGUUAAUCAUGGUGGUUAGAAACAAGUUUAGUUAAAAGACAGAGGCCUGCACGUUACAACGGCGGCGUCUCAAGAAGUGCACGAAAGGGGACCCUGCCCCUCCUCCGAAGGGGAGACUAACAUCAGUUGGAAAAUGAGGUGAAUUCCUGCUGUGACACGUGUGACCUUGGACACCGAGCCUCCAGAACCAUGGGAAAGAAGUUCGUUUUGCUGAUAAAUUACCCAGUAUGUGGCGUUUUGUUUGUUUUCGAGUUGUACAUUUUAUGUUAGAGAGACAGAGUUACUUCCCAAAUGCCCACCCGAGACUGAGCCAGGCGGGACUGGGACCCUGGUGUCUUAACCCAGGUCGCAGCUGCUAGGCUAAAUGCCCACCUUGGUGUUCUGCCGAAGCGUAGGUUCCAGAAUACAAGCAUUCGAAAACUCGUGGGAGCCGGCUCGUGGGAGCCGGGGCCUGUGUGUCUGCAGCUUUGCAACUGCAGUCGGUGAGACAGCACGAGGCAGCGCUGCUGCGCCUUGUUCAGGACCCCCCUGCGCACACACGUGCACACGCCUACACUCCUUUCACAGCACAUUCGAUGUCAGCGCUCCUUGGGUCAGGUGCCGCGUUGGACAUGGUUUUCUCUUGGACGUUGAAUCCUUUCCCUGUUAUAAAUCACUUUGAAGUAG